AUGAGCGGGGACGAGACGGAGGAAGUGGGGUUGAUCGAUGUAAUCGAGAGAGCCGAGGAGCUCGUCAAGGCGCGAAUGGAGGACAAUGACCCCUCGCAUGAUUGGCACCAUGUCCACAGAGUUCGCCUCAUGGCGCUGUCACUAUCGAGGUGUCCAUCACUGGCGCAUGUAGGCACCAUUGACCCGAUUGUUCUCGAGCUUGGUGCACUCUUUCACGACCUCUGCGAUGCAAAGUACCUUCCUCAAAAUUCAGCCACGGGCCCAACGACGGCAAAGACUGUUCUCUCGGACUUCUUUGAGCCUUUCUUGGCAGGCGGUCUCGUCAACGCUGAGCAAGUGCAGUGCAUCUAUCACAUCGUCGACAGUACCUCGUGGAGCAAGGAAGAGAAGAGACGAGCAGCCAAGGUGGGCGAGGACGAAGAGGCAAAGUGGCAGAAACAAUGCGGCGAGUUCCAAUGCGUAAGCGACGCAGAUCGUUUGGACGCAAUCGGGAGCAUUGGGAUCCUCCGUGUCGCAGCCUUCAGUGGCGCGAAAGACCGGCCGCUUCAUAUCCCCCCUGCAAAUCCGGCCCAGGAUUCCGUCCCGCCCGCAGAACAAGGCGAAGGGUACAAUGGCAGCGCUGUUGCACACUUUCACUCCAAGCUUCUCAAGAUCAAAGAUGACCGUCUUUGGACAGACAUGGCACGGUCCGAGGCGAGUCGAAGACAGUCAAUGAUGCAAUCUUUCCUCACUGAGCUCGACCUGGAAUGGCUUGUUGCCGAUCAAGGUGCCCAGCUCAGCUUGCUGCAGGAAUGA